AUGUUCCUGGUUCAACUGAAAGUCAACCCAGCAUCCAAGUCCUUCAAUAAAAAUUGGUCUCAAUUUAAAAUCGGUUUUUCUGAACCGGAUUCGUCGGCCUCACCAAAUACCGCUGGUAGCGAAUGUUGUUGUGGAAAGUCGUGGAACGCAUUUUGGAUAGGCAAUGAAUUGUUGUUUAAGCUGACGAAUAGUUACAAGUGCGGUCUUCACGUGUUUCUUAAUGUAAGCCAGGAAAUCCCAGAGCUCCAAUAUUCUUAUUACGAUCAAUUCAUUGUCGGUUCAGAAGCAGCAAAAUACAGAAUGGAGGCAAUCAACUUCGCGAGAGGUAAUUGUAGCACUUCGAAGGGCCUGAUGAGAGUUGGCAUGUCCUUCUCCACUUUCGAUCAGGAUAACGACCCGGAUGGCUGGGUCAACUGUGCUGCCCGUUACGAAGCAGGUUGGUGGUACGCGGCAUAUCUAUCAUGGUUUGGAAAUUGUGGUUUCACCAAUUUCAACACCUUCUCUCCACACUUUCUGAGUUUGUACGGUAGUGAAACUAACCGGUUGUUUGCCAGUCAAAUGUGGUUGGAGUGCAUUUAA